AAAUACGAGACUAGUUCCGCAUCAAGCAUCCGACUGUUUUCGAAGUGAAUUUUCAACGUUAUGGAGGGAGAGGGUCAAGAUAAUGAAGAAAACGUACCAGUCAAACUAAACACUGAAGUAAAAAACAGUAUUCGACACACUUUUGAAGCCUUACAGCUGAGUAAUGGAAGAAACUCUGCGUCUGGCGAAGUACCGAAGUCAAAGCUACAGGUUCUAUGUGCGAGUAUUAGUCGAGAUUUAACAAUUCCUUACUCUUCUGAUGACUUAGAUAACUACAAGGCAGACAAGAAAAGCUUGUCUUGUGGCGAAUUCGUGGAUUAUUUAGAAGAUGAACUUUUACCUCAAGGAAAAAAUGAUGAAAUACAUAAACAACACAAGCUGUUCUGGACAAUUGUCAGCCAAACAUUUUUCAAACAAAAUGAACAUAUGUUAACAGAAGAUGAGACUUACAAACAGUGGAUGAUGUUCAAUGUCUUGGACAUUGAUGAGACUUCAAGAGUUCACAAAGAAGAACUAGGUCUACUUUUAGAGAAGGCCUGUCAUGCUAUGGGAAAGGUUUGGAAUCCUACUGCUCUCAAUGAAUGUAGUGAACUGGAAGAUUUGACAUUUUGGCAGUACUUACAGUGUUUGGAAAAACAUUAUCUAGUGGACACGGAUAAAAGUGUUUAUCAAGAAGCAUUGGAAGAGAUUGUCGACUAUGUACUUAAUGAGGUUCUAAUGCAAGGUUAUGUCACUAAGAAAGGACAUAUGGUCAAAUCAACAAAGAACAGAUGGUUUGUCCUAAAGCCUGAGAAUCUCUGCUACUAUACCAACCGAUCAUGUACUGACAAGAAGGGAGAGGUCAUCAUCAACAUCAACACCAAGGCUGCAGCUAUACCAGAUAGCAAAAAAUAUCGAUUUAAUGUCACUUGUGGUGACACUAAAACAAACUAUGACUUGGAAGUACGGGACCAACGGACCAAGCAGGAAUGGCUUGUGGCACUGCAGAAAGCAAUUGCAAAUAGUGGUGGUCAAAGUGUUCAAAGGAAAGAACGUCUACAAAGACGUUUGGAAAGAAAUGAGAAAAAACUGGCAAAACUUGAAGAAGAAAGACGGAAAAGAGAACAAGAAAAUUUGCUGCUUGAACAGCAAAAGGAGCUGGAAUUGCUACGUCAAAAAUACUCAGAUGCUGAAGCACAAGCCCUUGUUGAAGCUGAAAACUUGCAAGAUGAGAUACGCCGCAGGGAGGAGUUGGAAAAAUUGCACUCGGAAUUACAGCAACUGCUCUUGGCUGAAAAGGAAGCGCGGGAAGCAGAAGCGAAGGCAAGAGCUUUGCAAGAUGAACUGCUGUUGAAUGAGAAAAAACGAUUAGAGGAAAUGGAAAAAAUGAAAGCUGAAAAAGAAAAGUUAUUGCAAGAAGAACUGAAGAAAAGAGAAAGUCUCGAGGAAAGACAGAAACUCCAGGAUAAGUUGCUUGAAGAGGAAAGACAAAGGCUCGAAGAACUGGAGAAAGAAAGACAAGCUACAGAACAGGCAAUGAGGGAAGCGAAUGAGAAACUGCACGCAGCCGAAGAAGCCUCCAGAAGGGCUGCCGAGGAAGCAAAGAAAAAAGCGCGGGAAAUUACAACCUGCACAGGCCUCGCUCGACCAAUUGGUCCGCACAUUCCCGCCUUUGUCACCCAUAGAGGGAUUGGAGCAUUUUGCGAAGAGGACUUUGAAAAAAUCAAUAAACGAAAAAAAGUACCUCCAAUAGUAAAACCUAAGCCAAAACGAACUGCAGCAAAUGGAGAUGACAGUGAAAGCCUGGAAACCGAAGAAAACGGAAGUGAGGUAAAUGAUGAAAACGUACUUGAAAAUGGCGAUGGUGACUCAGAAAAAGCAGAAGAAAAUCAAGGCAGUUUUGGUGAUGUUGAACAAGAACAAAAUGAUGAAGAAUGUACGAAUGACAACAAUCUUGAUGCCGAAAAUAGUGAAGUACAGGAUGGUGAAGGCCAAGCAGACCCCAAUGAACAGAGGUCGGUGGAAGAUGGUACUACCAUCAGCAGUGAACGACGUGAAGAUAAUGAAACCCCAGUACAAAAUCAAGACGCGACACAGGAAGAAGACGCUGUUGAAAAAGAUGGCUCUCAAAAUCAGCAAGAUAACAUCGAAUGUAGUGAAGAAUCAAGUGAAGCUAAAGGAAUCGACUCAGAACCUUCUGAUCAAGUUAUCAAAAAUACUUCUGCAGAAGAAGACAAAAUCACUCAUGAGGACAAUACUUCAUCCGAUUCAACUGAACAACAAGGAGACGUUGAUUCAUAAGGAUGACAACAAAGAACUCCCUAUUAACUUCGACAUUAAUUUAACAAGUCAUCUAUGUGUGUGGAUUUUAGAUUUAACAGUCAUCGUGAACGUUGAUAUGACGGAAGUACAAGGUUUAACACAAUGCGCCAUAAUCAUUCUUAGUAAAGGCAAACAGUCAAUAGAAACUUUUUUCGAUGUUGUAUGUAAAGCAUUCCAUGCAUUCCCAAACAAAGAUCUUCUUGAUGGCGGGGCAUUGUUUUUGUGAGGAACAAAAGGAAAGUCUCUAGAACUAUUAACACUGACACUUUCAGAUGGUUUUCUCAGUGCAGACGACAGCAGCGAAAGCAGCGAAACCUGUGUAUAUGUAUGCAUUGUGGGUGACCUUAUAAGGAUGUCAAUAAAUUAGAUGUAUCAUAUUCUAAUAUCUUCUAAUGAACACACUGAUUUGGUAAUUGUAGAGUAAUUGUGAGGAGAGUAAAGAAGCGAGGAUUGUUGGAUCAUCAUUAUUCUAGAGCAACAGUACAUGACAUUAAUGGCGACCUCAGCACUAGACUUGGUUUUUAUUAUAUUGUUCUCGUCCGAAAUAGUUUAUGGUUGAAUUGUCGCAAUGAAUUAAAUAAUAAUAAUUUGUAUUUAUUAGUAUGAAGGAAAUGUUGUCGUUUGAUUUCAAUAUGCUUAACAUGAAUUAAAUUAAAACAAUGAAUCUGA